AUGCAGGCGUCAGGGCAAGUGGUCCGAAAUUCCCCAUGUCCAAGCUUUCUGGACCCUACGGUCUCGGCGUCCUUGUGCUCCCAGUGUUCAACCUCUCAAGUCCUCCUUGCUCGGGCUCCUGCCCCCACUCCGCGCUCUUCCUCUACCGCACCUGAAGAACCAGACUCUCCUCUUCAGUCCUCUCUUUCUGAACCGCUGGAAAACCUUUCUGUACCCCCUUCUCGAGCUCCCACCUUACCCCCUCCUCCUCCUUAUCAGCUCCCUCCUCAACCCACUGCGACCCCAGCACCGUUGCAGACCCCAAGAGCUGUUUCCGAGGUUGAGCCUCCACCCCUGACAGGGGCCGAGUCUCUGUCGGACUUCCCAUCUUCCCCUCCCAUUUCGGCCCAGACGGGUUCCCAAAACCCUCGGUCCAGCUUAGUCUGCCCCUUAAGGGAGGUGGCUGGAGCCGAAGGGGUUGUUCGAGUGCACGCGCCCUUCUCCCUACAGGACCUCUCCCAAAUUGAGAAAUGCCUGGGUUCCUUCUCCGCCAGCCCAGACAAUUUCAUAAAAGAGUUCCAUUAUCUGGCCCAAGCCUAUGAUCUUACCUGGCAUGACUUACACAUGGUUCAGACCACUACCCUCACCGAGGAGAGGGAACGCAUCCAGGCCGCCACCCGAGAACGUGCCGAGCAAGUCCAUCUCACCGACGCCCCCUUGCGGGUUUUCAACUCCCGAGAGGAGGCAGCCGAACUCAAACGGCCAGCCAGGCUCCAGCAGAAGGUCCAACUACAAACCCAGGCCCUGGGGGCGGCCCUGCAGGCGGCAGUUUCCGGAAACAGCAACAAGGGGCAACAGUACGUACCCCUCUUUAAGGGCGGUGCUGAAGGGCACUGGGCCCCUCAGUGUCCUAACCCGAAGGCACCCACAAAGCCGUGCCCUCAGUGUCACCUGAUGGGACACUGGAAGUCGGACUGUCCUAGCCUCGGGGGAUCCUCGGCGCCUCUACGCGGGGGAAACCCUGAACCGGCAAGUCCUGUUCUUCAGCUACUCGGGCUGGAGGACGACUGACGGAGCCCGGACCCGGACACCCCCUCACCCAAGCCGAGCCCAGGGUAACGCUCCAGGUAGCGGGUUGGAUAGAAGCCUAUCCCACGGCCCGUGAGACGGCGGACGUCUUCGCUGCAAUCCUUACUGAACACAUCAUUCCCCAUUUCGGAAUGCCCCAAACCCUCCAGUCAGAUAACGGACCUGCCUUCAUCAUCUCUUCAUCAUCUCAACAUCUCCUGGAGAUUGCACAUCCCUUACCAUCCUCAGUCCUCGGGUAAAGUAGAAAAGGCCAACGGCCUACUUAAAGCCCAACUCACCAAACUUACCUUGGAAACCCAUCUUUCUUGGCCUACCCUCUUGCCUCUAGCCCUCACUAGGCUGAGAGUGGCCCCCCGUGGACCCUUGGGACUAAGCCCGUUCCAACUCCUCUAGGGUCGUCCCUUCCUCAUAGAUCACAAUCUCCCUGCUGUUCCUCCACCCCUUCUCUCAUAUCUGCCUUACCUCACUCUGCUCCGGGCCCUCCUGAGAGCUCAUGCUGACUCAGUCACCCCAGCCCCGAACAACCCCGAAGAUGAUGAGACUCCUCCCCAAAAACUGCUCCCGGGGGACCAGGUUCUCCUCAGGAGUCGCAACCCCGGUCCCUUACAGACGCGGUGGACUGGGCCCCAUACUGUCAUCCUCAGCACCCCAACUGCAGCAAAGCUAUUGGGCCACCAGCCGUGGGUGCACAUCAACAACCUUAAACGGGCCCCUCUGACAGUAAGUGGGCCUCCCAGAUGGUGGGCUCCACCGAACUCUGCUUGGUUAGGGCUCCUUCUCGUGCUCCUUCUCGUACUCCUCCUGAGUCCCCAGAUCCAGGUGGAGUCAUGUGACUGCAUGAGGGGCUCAGCUACCUCACGCUAUUUCUCGGCCUAUACUUCUAUGCACAGGUCCUGCUAUCAGGGAAAAACACCUCCACUCUCCGCUACUGCACCUCCUUGGGAAUCUUCCUCUCCUGCCCAAAAGGGAUCUAUUGCUGCCUAACCGCCAAUGAUUCCUUGGAUUGUAUUCUCAUCCUUCUGUCUCCUACCACCAGCAUCUACUCAUCUGAACAACUCUUAUCUGAACUGUCCCCUACCUCUCGGAGAAAGAGGGCUGCCUUCCUCCUCUUUUUUAUAGGGGCAGGACUAACUGUCGGUGUGGCAACUGGGGCGGCAGGGCUGGGAACCUCCAUUAACUUCUAUUAUAAGCUCUCCCAGGCACUCAAUGAGGACAUGGAACGAAUAGCAGACUCACUCACCGCCCUACAGACUCAGAUCACCGCUUAGCCGCCGUCACCCUACAAAACCGACGCGCCUUAGAUCUCCUCACCGCCGAAAAAGGGGGAACAUGCCUUUACUUAAACGAAGAGUGCUGCUACUUCGUCAACCAGUAGGGCAUAGUCAGCUCCAAGGUCAAAGAACUCAAAGACGGGAUCCGAGUGAGACGCCAAGAUGACUCCAUUUGGGGCUUAAGUCCCCAAGCCUGGGUAACUCGGCUCCUUCCCCUCGCAGGGCCCCUCUGUAUACUCCUCCUGUUCAUCUCAAUCGCUCCCUGCCUUAUACGUUGCUUACAGGAGCGCCGGCAGGAAAUAACCAGGGUAUCAGUCAACCAGCACCUCCUGCAGCCCUAUUCACGCCUGCCCACAUCCGAUGGCCUCUACGAUGACGUCCUACUGCCCGCAGGAAGUAGCCAGAAUAGAGUCCACGCCCCCUGACACCAAUAUGAAUAUAAAGAGGUCGGAAUGAUGGGCGGGCUGGGAAACCGGGGCUCCAAAAUGGCGGAUCACCCCGCCAACCCUCUCCAAGAUGGCGGACUUUCCCCACCACCUUCACUGCGGCCUCCAGGUCACCAUCAGGAAACUGAAACUGUCCACCCAGGAACUUCCCAAUUGGGAACUGUCCAUCACGGGCUUCUCCCACCCAUGCCCUCCAGACCUUACCUUAUGUAGACACAAGCCUAUGCCCUGCUUCAACCCGAUAAAAAGGACCCUGCCAACUCUCCCAGCGCGACUUCCCCGACUCACCCCCCACCCCCCCAAUCGUGGAACCUUGCCCGAGGGUGUUUGCAAUAAAGUUCAUC